AUGGAAUCUGACGGAGUUUUGAAAGUCAGCUCUCGCCCAAAGCAUAGCAGAUACAUUUAUGAAGGAAAAGAAGCUUUAAAGAAAAACCCAGAAGUCGCAUUUCAUGCUAUUGGAGAAUCAGUGAGCAACGCUGUGAGAGCUGCUGACAGCUUGAUUGCUUUGGGAUAUGCAACGUUGGAACGCUUUGAAACACUCAGUCUUGAUGAAAAAGAUUUUGAAGGGAGACCUAAAAGAGUUUACAAGGUAAUUAUCAAGCUGUCUCGUACCUCAAAUUUUGAUGCUCUUUAUCAAGAAUUUGAGAAAACGAAAGCAGAAAAGCCUACUUCUAGCUCUUAUAUAAUAAAAAUUUAUAGAAUUUUUUAGUUUAGUUUAAAUUGAAAUUAUAUUUUUUAAUUUAUUUAUAAAAAACAAUAAUAUUGUGCCUUACCUUUUUUUCAAGCAUAAAUAAUUUUUUGAAGUAUAAUUUAAAAUAAUUAAUUCGAAAAGUAAGUAA